CAGUGAGUCCAGUUGGCUCCACCAGCACGCUUGACGCGGACAACUGGGAGGGGCGGGGCCAGAGAGCGGCUUGAGCCUCUAGUGUGAGCCAGAGAGCCGCUCUUCUCUCGUCAGCUCGUCAUCGUGCGUCAGCCGCCGGGAACCUUCCACCAUCCCGUCUCCGACAUCCAGCAUCCAAGGACGUCCGGCGCCGAGCCUCAUCCGCGGUAAGACCCGCAGUGCUGACGGUUUGGACAGCGGCGGCCCUGUUAGUUGUUUCAUGAUGAAGAUCGAUACCAGCCUGAUCACACCCCAGCUCCCCGAGGCUCUGUCCCAGGCAGGCCUUCAGUUCACCGUGGCCACUGAGGAGGACUUUGAUGACAUCAUGGCUAUGAGCCAGGACAUCUAUGGAGGUCUGGACUACCUUCCCACUAGAUACACCAGUUGGCUGCAGGAAAGCAACCGCACGGUCAUACUGGCACGCAAACAAGGAAAAGUGAUCGCUUUGGAGUCGGUGUGCGUGAUUGACGACGGGGAGACCAUGUUGGUCGAGGGUCUCCGUGUGGCCCCCCAGGAACGAGGCAAAGGCGUGGCGGGAGUCCUGCUGCGAUUUUGCUCCGAUCUCGUCAAAUCCAAAUAUCCAGAGGUGAAAGUGAGUCGCCUGACUCGUGACGACCAACUUGGACCCAAGGACUUCCAGAAGUAUCGCAUCAUAACCAAGCAGGGCAUCCUGUUGGUGCGUUUCCGAGCUGAAGACCUCAAGUUACGUUUGUCUGAUCUUGGUGGACAUAUCCAGCCGCCGCUGUCCACCUUCUUCACAAAUGGGCCUCCCGUACGUCUAGACAACAGCACCAUUAAUCGUCUGUAUUUGACCACUGACCUGAUGCAGGGGGUCCUUCCAAACGCCACCAUCAUCCAAGACUGGCAGCCAUUCAAACCUCUGCCCAGUAACAUGGCCAUCCUGAUGAAGAAGGACAUUGAUUGGAUGGUGGAUGAUGCCUCCAAGCCUACCGUGGGCAGCCUCUGCACUUUCCCAUUCAAGGUCCCGAUCGGAGAUGAUUGGUAUUACCUGAACAUCGAUAUGUUCGGCAAAGAUCUGGACCUGGUCCGCCAGCAGUUCCUGUGUCAUCUUCAGCGCCACACCGCCACUCUGAAGGGUCACGUGAUGUGCCAGAUGUUCCUGGACCCGCCUCUCUGGAAGCCAAUGGUCGACUUUUGCCGCGACAUUCUGAAAGUGGAGCUAGUGAAGGAAUACACAGAGCAAUGCGUCGUGGAAUCAGACGUCAUGUAGUCACCAGCAAGGAGGCCAACGGACACAGCUCGAUGAGCCGCAGCGACUAACCAUACUACAUAUGUUAGAUUAGAAUACUGUCAAUCAUUCUACAGUCAAGAGUUUGAAACAUAAGUGGAUAUUAUUUUUUUGAAAUAACGACAGGGGGAUCCUAAAUACUUUUGAUAAGAGUUGGUUGAUAAUAAUUCCUAUGCUGAGUCCAUUCCCUAGUACACAGAGUUCAUAUUCAGAUUUUAAAGUCAUGGACCACUGGGCUUCUCAUAACGUACUCUACAACCAAGUGAGGGGUUCAGGUUGCAGAUAUGUAACCUAAAAAGCUCCUCUUUGAAGGGGGCGAAUAACCCUUUGGGCAUUUCAAACCUUGCUGCUGUUUGCUGUAAAUAGAACCACGACGACUUGAGUUGGCUUACAACAUCUGCACAACUCUGAAGGCACUUUAAAAUUGACAAAGACCUGCUGUUAGGAUAGUAGAAGACAAAAUAUAGCAACCGUAAACUAAUUCUCCUUUUGGCGAAAUGAACAUUUUUUUUUGUUGUUGUUGUCAUAUUUCAUAACUGUGAAUAUAUAUAUGUACGUUACUGAUUCACUAUUUUUGCAGGAACAAACUUUCUAAAGCUGUGAGUGGAAUAGAGGCUUUUGGUUAUGGAUAGAAUAAUGCCAAACUACAAUGCUAAUGCUUGAACAUGCUCAACAGUGUAAAAAAAAAUAAAUAAAUAACCGGGGUUAGAACAAGUACAACUGAUACUUAACCAUUACAAACAGUGUUACUGGAACUUCUACAUACUUGUGAAGUAGUUUUAAAACCUGCAUACCUCAAAUAGUUUGUUCCAGAAAGCACUUUAUCAACACUGAGUGAGGAUAACUCGAUCUAAGAAGUCAAUAAUAUAACACGGUAGUAGUAGUAGCAGAUAAUGAUUGCAGCACCGUAAGACCAUGGCAGAUUCAUAUUUCAAUCAAAUAUGUGUGGUUUACCGCUCCGAACAGAGGAACGAUCCCAAAUACAAGCACGCCAACAUCAUAAAUGAAACGGAAAAUGCUGUAAUCACAUAAACGCUACAGGAUCAUUCAUUCAUUCAUUCAUUCAUUCAUUUUAUACUGCUUUUUCCUCACGAGGGUCGCGGGGGUGCUGGAGCCUAUCCCAGCUGUCUUCGUGCGAGAGGCGGGGUACACCCUUGACUGGUCGCCAGCCAAUCACAGGGCACAUUGUCUCUGUAUAUUCAUUCAUUCAUUCAUUUUCUACCGCUUUUUACUCACGAGGGUCGUGGGGGUGCUGGAGCCUAUCCCAGCUGUCUUGGGGCGAGAGGCGGGGUACACCCUGGACAGAUCAUAAAACACAUGCAACGGAAAAUGCUGUAAUCACAUAAACGCUACAGUUUCAUUCAUUCAUUCAUUCAUUCUCUACUGCUUUUUACUCACGAGGGUCGCAGGGGUGCUGGAGCCUAUCCUAGCUGUCUUUGGGCGAGAGGCGGGGUACACCCUGGACUGGUCGCCAGCCAAUCACAGGGCACAUUGUCUCUAUAGAUUCAUUCAUUUUCUACCGCUUUUUCCUCACGAGGGUCGCAGGGGUGCUGGAGCCUAUCCCAGCUGUCUUUGGGCGAGAGGCGGGGUACACCCUAGACUGGUCGCCAGCCAAUCACAGGGCACAUUGUCUCUAUAGAUUCAUUAAUUUUCUACCGCUUUUUCCUCACGAGGGUCGCAGGGGUGCUGGAGCCUAUCCCAGAUGUCUUUGGGCGAGAGGCGGGGUACACCCUGGACUGGUCGCCAGCCAAUCACAGGGCACAUUGUCUCUGUAUAUUCAUUCAUUCAUUCAUUCAUUUUCUACCGCUUUUUACUCACGAGGGUCGUGGGGGGUGCUGGAGCCUAUCCCAGCUGUCUUCGGGCGAGAGGCGGGGUACACGCUGGACUGGUCGCCAGCCAAUCACAGGGCACAUAUAGACAAACAACUGCUACAGGAUCAUAAACAAAUGAAAAGUGAAAGAGAAAACAAAGAGAAACAAAACAAAAGUUAGCCAGGCUACCAGGGUCGCUAGACGCCUUUAAGGAUACAAAACAAAAACGUAAAGAAAAAUGAACAUACAUUUCAUUCUGCCGUUUUUUUGGAUUUGCUGCAUUUUUCAUUAGCAUUUCUUUUUGAUCCUGCAGGGUUUAUGUGAUUGCAGCCUUUUCGCUUGUGUUUUUUUGGAUUUGGAUCAUUUCAUGUGUUUGGAGUGGUUGGAUGUUGGCGCAUUUUUUUUACCCUGUCAGUCACAAUAAGUUUUACAUUCAAAUACAAGAAGUGGAGUUUUCUCCAGGGUUCCCCCAUGCGGCUUGAUUGCUUUUACUGUCCAAUCAAAAAUUUGGUGUAUAGACUAGGGGUGUCAUAAGAUCUCGCAAGAUUAAAAGAUUAUCUAAUGGGCACUAGGCCUGCGAUAAAAAUAAAUAAUAAAAUUUAAAAAAAUAAUAAAAUAAAAAUUUAUUCAUUCACUUUUUCCUCACAAGGGUCGCGGGGAUGCUCGAGCCUAUCCCAGCUGUCUUCAGGCAAGAAGCGGGGUACACCCCGGACUGGUCUCUAGCCAAUCGCAGGUCACAUAUAGACAAACAACCAUUCACACUCACAUUCAUACCUAUGGACAAUUUGGAGUCGCCAAUCAACCUAGCAUGUUUUUGGAACAUGCGAAUUCAGAGAUGGCCGAGGGUGGAAUUGAACCCUGGUCUUCUAGCUGUGAGGUCUGCCACUAACCACUAGACCGCCGUGCCGCCAAAUGAAUGAAAACUUCAUAUUUCCAUUUGCAUGCGUCAUAUGCCACCUCCAAACAUACAGAAAGAGAGUUCACUCUGUGCAUUGGUUUCAGCACCUUGACAUGUUACUUCCAUAGAACAAUGGCAUGUACGGAGUGAGCCCUUUUGUCAGUCAUACCAUCUCUACAGUCACUAUGUUACCGCCAGAAAUAGAAGCAUACUAGAAAUUAUAUUAGUAGAUAACAAUAUAUUGUCAGUUGUACUUUUACUUUUCUUACAAGUAAAGUUAAGACCUCGUCUAUUGUCUAGUGACACCCCUAGUAUUUACACUAUAAUAUAAAUACAUAUAUAAAGUGUAAUUAAUUGAUUGUAUUAUGAGAGCCAUUAUUGUAAAGUCACAAACCAGGUAGCCUAAUAAUAAGUUUGUUUUUAACCAAAGAAAGUAGAAAAUGAUCUCAAAGCAGUGCCCUCAUGUUUGCUGCCAUUUGUUCAUUCAUUGAAACAAUACAUACAUACAUACAUACAUAUACGUACCUAUGUAUACAGUCUACAAGAGUAAAAGAUGUUACAUAUACAGUAACGACACAUACAGUACAUGAAUAUCGCAGCUGACUACUUGGAACUAAUUGAUAGAAUUUAUUUUUUUUCCUCACAACCAAACACAGCAUCUGUUUGAAAAUGAAUCCUUAGACUUAUUUUAUUCUUUUUUGUGGUCUUAUUUUUUUUAUGUAACAAAUGUAAAUAGUGGAUGUUGUGCUGGAAGGCUAAAGACUAAUGUUAUUAUUUUGGUGCCGGCAGGAAACCUACAGGGCAUGUGGGGGUGGGAAAGUGGGAAAGUGGGGAAGUCCUUUUUUUUUUUUUUUUUUUUAAAGAAUAAAACAUUCUAUUUUUAAUGUGAAAUUUAAAAUGAUCUCCUGUCACUCGUUGAACCAUGUCAACAAAAAAUUGGUCACAUCACUAAUAUGGUUACUCAGAUAAGAUUAGUGUUUUUUGUAUUUGUGGCGAAAAACAGUUGAAUUUUAUGCAUGCUUGAGACUGCUAAUCUGAUAUUUAAAGUCAAAUAGAAAACUAACACACCGAAAAGAAACAAGUUUUUUAGUUCAAAAUGGGAUCCUGACACUGAAAUACAGCACUUUGCAGUGGAAUAGUGUAACAUUGAUGUGUUUAACAAAUGCCUGUACAAGCCAUUGAGUUCAUACAGUAGGUGAAUGAUGAGCAUGCACUUUAGUAAUCAGUGGCAAUAAUAGCCAAGUAGCAUCCUUAACUUCACCUUGUUGAGCUGUUUUCUAAUCAAUCAAGGCCGUGUGUCAUCCUUAGAAACACAAGAACAGGAUGUAUUAUAAACGCUGUCGGAUAGACAGAGAUGCAAAUACAUUUGAGUAAACUAGUUUUUAAGGCUUGUAGUGAGCGCUUCUAUUUUUGUGAAAACCCCUUUUGCCGCUCACAUUGUCCUUUUUUUUUUAAAGACAUGAUUGUUAAGACUGGCUAGUAUUGCAGGCAAAUUAUAAUCACUGUUAGACUAGUGGAGCGAGAAAUAUGUACUUUUUUUUUAUGUGUACAUUCAAACCUUGUGUGUGCUUGUAAUGUAGUGAUUGAUUCAUCUCGGCAUUGGUUGGUGAUGCCUUGGACCUCCGAAAAAAAAAAGGAGGGACAUGAACAAAGCUUCCUCAUUUAAUAUGUUAGUAAAGACGACUAACGUGUCUGUGUUUUCUUUUAUAUAUGGUGAGCUUGGUUUAUCAUAGAAGUACAGUAUUAGUGACAUUUUUUUUUUAUCACUAGCAUGAAGACACUUCUAUGGCUCAGCGCUGCUAAAGACAACAAAUAAUUUUACUUUUAAAUUCAUCUAUUUUUAUAGCAUAACAGAGCUAUAUUUGCAGUUUUGUCUUGAAAUAAACCUUGUCUGGUCAUUGAA